UUCAUAAUGGCUGCUCGGCGCUUUGAUUUUUGUUUAUUCGAUAUUUUCAACCAUUUUAUACCGUAACUUGUUUUUAAACUUCACCCGCAGUAUUUGUUCAAACAAUACCGACUCGAAGACACACGGAAGCUCAUUCUGUGCUUCGUAUUGUGCCAAAUCAUGUCGUCCCAACAAGUAAUGCCUUUAAGACAUUUGCUUACACCAGCGACUACUUCAAACACUGCCUCGUCGGGGCCGACAACAGCGACCACAGCCGGCCCUAGUACGGCCGAAAGCUCGACCGGAGAUAAAGCAACAUCUGAUAAAACUUUGAAAGAAGAAGAAGAGGUCGAGAGACAAAAAAUGCAGGUACUGGUAUCGUCAUUUACAGAAGACCAACUCAAUCGCUAUGAAAUGUAUCGUCGGUCUGCAUUUCCAAAGGCAUCAGUUAAAAAGCUGAUGCAAAGUGUCACAGGAGGUACCUCAGUUCCACCAAAUGUUGUCAUCGCAAUGGCAGGCAUUGCUAAAGUUUACGUUGGAGAAAUAUGUGAAGAAGCAUGUGAUGUGGCAGAGCAGUGCAAUGAUCCAGUUCCUAUACAGCCCAAGCACAUACGAGAAGCUUACAGAAGACUUAAACAAAAAGGAAUGGUUCCUAAUACAAAACACAAAAGAAAACUGUUCAGAAAAUAAAAUUGCAGCAAUAUAUUGGGCAGAUUUUGUUGUGCAUUAUUAUACCUUAUAUUUGAAAAUUUGAGGUGGUGACUUGCUUUGAAGCACAAACAUUUUGCACUAUUCUUACUGCUAUAUUAUAAAAAAAAAAAUAAACUAUUUAAACAAUUCGUAUAGAAACAAUUCCUCACGUUCACAUAUGGUCAUAUCAUACUGCUCAAGAGAAUUAAUGAAGAGUGUAGAUUAAGCAGAAACACACCCCGAGGGGGGGGGGGUGAAGUGAUGUACGCAUUUGAUGUACGCAACUCUAGAUGACUUUCCAACCGAAUUUAAAUUGCAAACAUUUCCAUACUUUGAAAAUUAAUGU